AUAUAUGUUAUGGUCUGGAUCGACAGCAGUAGAUGAUGAACAUUAUAUUGCGAUCACAAUCGUUGGAUUUCGGCAGUAGGAUGUUCCAACCCAGAGGAAUCCACGCACAAGCCUAUUUUUAUUCAAUAUACAUAUUCUUUCAACAUGCAAAAACAAAAAUAUAUAUUCACAGCACAUACAAAUACAGUUUUUACAACUUCAAUCUCAGCAUGAAAUUAUACAAAAACAAAAAACAAGAUGAUUCCAAAAAACCAACAUUUGGGAAUCACCCUGGCGUUUGUUUUGAUCAUUUAAUAUCAUUUCUCAUUCAAACACAUAGUCAAGUCAGUGUGUCUCAUCCAUUAUGUCCCUCGCGGUUUUUUUUAUUCCGACGCGUCCCCUUUAAGAGAACCGCGGCGCCUCUGGAGUCGAGGCGGACAUUUUUCAACGCGAGGCUUCCUCUCUCUUUUUUUUUUUUUUUCCUCCGUCUCCUUCCUCCUCUCCCCCUCCUUGCAUAAAUUAUGUUCAUGACGUAGUGCAAAAAAAGGCCAAUUUUCGGGCAAUUUCUGCGCGACUUUGCGGCCGAAAUGGGAUCGCGCGCGGCUCCCGGAGGAUCCCGACGACCUGACACUGUUGCAGAAAAAAAGGGGCAUCGUCAUUAAAUAUUAAGCGCAGAGACGGAGCUCCCCCCCAACAUUGCAAACCCUCCUUAUCAAUGCAAAUGCCUCUUUUGUGUGCGGCCAACAGCGCCUGUCUGGGAGCUGAGAUGAAGCUUUAAUCAUGUGUGACUGAAGCAAACUGUGACAAGGACCUUUUUCUUUUUUCUUUUCUUUUUUUUUUUUUUUCUCUUUUUUUCUUAUAACCGCGGGGGGAUUAAAGCUGCACACGUCGCGGAGGACAUUGACUGGUGGUGGUGGCGGCGGCGGCGGCGGCGGCAGUGGCAGUGCAGUGAGCCAUGAACUCCCAGGACCUCCCCGCCAAAGAUGCCCCACUAACUGUGAAUGAGCAGCCAUUUAAAUCCUGCACUUUGAAAUUCCCUGCGAAAGACGACCAGGUCAUUGUGAUGUCUGGCCAUGAGACUAUCCGUGUGCUGGAGGUGGAGGUCGACGCGCCUCUGCCAUCGUCGGUAACCGAUGGGAAGAGUGACGUCAAAGCUGAGGAGGGAGUGGCUCAGGUCGCAGAGCAAGCUGAAGGCGGCAGCCCCCAGGAUGGCCCCGCUGUGCCCCAGAGCGCCGGGGGAAUAGUGCUGGGCGAGCAGCAGGCGGUGUCUGUAGAGGCUCCGGCCCCCGCUGUCCAAACGCUGACUCCCGCUGUGCCCAUCAGCGUGUCCCUGACACAACCACAUGCCACCAUGCCCAUCACUGUACAAGGCUGUCCACAGCUGCUGACCCAGGAAAGCCUGGCCUCCCUGAUGACUGGUAUGAUGGCCCAGACGGGGUCGCUGGGCCAGCCGCUGCUCAUCCCCCUGAGCAUGGCGGGCUCCAUCGGGGGCCAGGGCAGCAUGGCCAUCCUCACCCUCCCCACCACCAGCGUAGCUACUCUCCCUGGGCUCGCGGCAGCUAACCAGGCUGGAAACUUCCUCAAGUUGCCCUUCGCUGGCCUCCAAGAUGUUCAUGCUCCACAGAGGACGAAUCCUAAUGACUCUGGUGAUCCCCUGAUCUUUCCUUUUAACGCCACCACUGCGACGGUCCUGAACUCAGUCCAGCCGCAGCUGCAGACCAAUGUGCAGACGAUGUUACAGCCUCAGGCGGCCUCCAUGCAGACGCUCCAGGCGGCCGUGCAGCAGGUGACGUCUCAGCCGUCGCAGGUGACCAGUGCCCAGGUUACUGCCGCUCAGGUGGCGGCGGCGGCCCAGGCGACCUGUGCCACGACCAGCGUCUCUCCGUCAAACAUAUCUGUGGCGGCGCUGCAGACUGCUGGACUCUCCCUCAACCCUGCUAUAAUCAAUGCCGCUUCCUUGGGAGGGCAGCCCCAGUUCCUCAGCUCCCUCACCUCCACUCCCAUCAUCACUGGGGCCAUGUCCAACAUGGCUGGUAUCACCAGCCAGAUCAUCACAAAUGCCCAGGGACAGGUUAUAGGAACCCUCCCGCUGUUGUUGAACCCGGCCUCUCUGGCGGGAGGGGCUGCGACUUCCACCCUCCAGGGUCUCCAGGGUCUCCAGGGUCUCCAGGGUCUGCAGGGUCUGCAGGGUCUCCAGGGUCUCCAGGUCCAGACUGUCACCCCGCAGCUGCUUCUCAACACCCAGGGUCAGAUCUUUGCCACUGUUGGAAAUGGACACGCUACAGCUGUGACCUCUGCCGCAGUUCUGCCCAAAGCCACCGCUCCUCCAACGUUUACCAAACCUAACACACAGGCCUCGGUUACUGCCGUCACUCAGUCUCCAGUUGUCAUCGCCCCGCAGCCGUCGGUGCUGAAGACCACCAACACACUCUCCUCCGCGGUGCCCAUCACCUGCGGAGACAUAGCGAAAGUGGGCCAGCUUGUCAGCAAGCCCCAGCAGGUAGUCAGCGGCGAGGAAGGCAUUAAUCUGGAGGAAAUUCGAGAGUUUGCCAAGAAUUUCAAGAUCCGCCGGCUGUCCCUGGGGCUUACUCAGACACAAGUAGGGCAGGCGCUGACUGCAACGGAGGGUCCGGCUUACAGCCAGUCUGCCAUUUGCAGGUUCGAAAAGCUGGAUAUCACCCCCAAGAGUGCCCAGAAGCUAAAGCCGGUGCUGGAGAAGUGGCUGGCUGAGGCCGAGCACUGGAACCAGAAGGGCCAGCAGAAUCUGAUGGAGUUUGUCGGCGGUGAGCCUUCCAAAAAACGCAAGCGCCGCACCAGUUUCACGCCGCAGGCGAUAGAAGUCCUGAACUCUUACUUUGAGAAGAACGCGCUGCCAACAGGCCAGGAGAUCACUGAAAUCGCGAGAGAGCUGAACUACGACCGGGAGGUCGUGCGAGUAUGGUUCUGCAACCGGCGACAGACGCUGAAAAACACGAGCAAGAUCAACGUCUUCCAGGUUCAGUAGCGGCCUCAUUCUGGGAGAGUUCGCCACCGAGCUUUUAGCCUUUUUCUUCUUCGGGAAGCAGAACAUUUGAUACGAGGACACAGAUGUAGAUAGUGUUGUAAAUAUGAUUUUAACGGCAUAAAAGCUGAAAGAAUAUGAACAUUUUUGAGAAAAUUUGGGAAAUACACGGUCGAAGGCUUAUGAAAGAUGAGCUACUAUUGUGUUGUAGGUCAAACUGCAUGGUCGGCUUAUCGUAUACAGUGAUACAAACAUGUCAUAUAUAUAUAAAUUUAAAAACAUUUGGUGAACUUUUUUACAAGCAGUUUUAUAGGCUGAAUUAUUUUAAGUUGGGAAAACAAAGAUCAACAUUGAGUUUAAUUACCUUUAGGUCACUUUGACACAAUGACUGACAUUUUAAUUAUAUGCUUUUGACACCAUGCUAAUUAACUUUAUACUCGCGUAGUAUUUGUACGUGCAAGAGCAGAUCUGCAAACAAAUAAGUUCUGAUACAUAAGACUAUAAGCAAGCAAAGUUUUCAUCAGAAUAAGCGGUCUAAGGAAUGCCAAAAAAUCACCUUGUGUCCUCUGUUGACUCCCCUCUAUCGAGUGUUUUGGGACAAUCAUCAUUUUGAUAUUUGUUAUUGAUAAUCACAAAGACAAAUUUGUGACCAAUACGUCACACAGUUGGGUCAUAGAGAGUCAUUUUUGAUGAUCCUCAGAAAACAAACAGGUUCUUAAUCAAAUUGAAGCUGUGACGCAGCUGGUUGCCCUUGACACCAGCUCAUUUCAGUUUCAACUACAAUAUUGUUUUUUUGUUGUUGUUUUUUUUCCAGUUACUGAUCGUGAAAUAUUACACGCACUGCAUAUGUGGGUGAAACGUGUGAAUUCGAGACCGUCUCUUUUUACACUUUCUGUUUAAUGUUUGCUUAUUGUACUCUGAGAGUAUUUUGCGGGUUUUUAAAAAAAUUUCUGUUCAGUGUUGUUACUGUUUUCUUUAACGGUUUGACAGUGCUUGUGUGAUAUUUUUCCUCUUGUGUUACUGUACUUUGAAGUAAACAGGAACUUAAUUGGCCUUUCAAGAAGUCAACUUGAAAUAUUCUAACAAUGCCUAUAACAUUAGUGCCAGAUUUUUGACUCUUCCCUUUUAUUAAAACCUAAUAACAAUCAAAUUGUCAAACUGAAUUUAACUGAGAAUUUUUUUGUGAUUGGUUAUGUUUUUCAAACUGAAUGAGUUCGAAGAAUGUUUGCAUGUGCAGUGUGGAUUAAUAUGUAUGUACAAUACUGUGGCAGUUUUCUUUAUCUUUGCCAAUUCAAGAAUUAUUUGCACUUUAGUGACAACUGGGAAAGUUUCAAGUGUCAUGAAUGGUGUACAUGUGUGUACAGUGCAAGGUUUCAGUUAAAGUUUGUAAAAUAAUUUAAUUUCUGAAUUUUUAGAGUUUUUGAAGAGUGAGAAGCUUUGCUUUGCAAAAUGUAGCAGCGCUGGCUAUGACCAUAAAAACAAUUAAUAUUAUAAAGAACUUUAACAUAUUUUACCUUAAUGUUCAAAAUGGGACAAUAUUGUUUAUUAUACUAAGAUAUCAAGAGAGAAAAUAAGAGCUGCAAAAGUUAUCAGCGAUUAGUUUUUUCACUCUUUAAAGCACAUGGGGAGUUCAGGUGUAAGUGAGACUGACGAGUGAAAAACGAGUUGGAUGCUUUUGUUAUUUUCUGUCAGACGGAUCAAAUAAACCCUGUCUUUAUUAAAAAUUC